UGAACAAAACAAGACUUUUAAAUAUCGGCUAUCGGCAUUGGCACCGUCUGAGAGUUUAUCAAGUGAAAUUUGUUUUAACGAAAGUAAAAAGCCUACCUAUGCAUGUGUAUGCAGUGGGAGAAAUUUACUGCUUAAGAAGGGAGAAAAACAGUCACUUUCUUUGAUGCUCUUGAAACAAAUUUGGGUCAUUGUUGACUUUCUGUUAAAGUAUUUAGUAGUGUGCGGUGUCGAAUGUUGUUCUUUGACUUUACUUUUCAUAAUGCACGUUUGGAUCUAUUGCGCGGUUGGCUCGUUACUGAUUAUCGUAAAUGGUUCGAAUAAUUUCUACCGUACCAGACCUAGCUAUAGGUACUUUGCAUAUAGUGAACCUGUUGAAAGAAGAUGGGUACGAAUCCCUCAGCCACGCAGUACGAAUGCGGAAGAUGUCGAAUCUGGAAGACAUUUUGGACCAGAGACCUUAUCGGCCAUUUCAGAAACGUUAGGUGCUAUAAACACCGUUGGUAGAUAUAUAAUUAACAUGACUCGCGGUGGAGAAGACACGGACCUCCCCGACGAUGUUCCAGGUGCCAUUUAUACGAUAUCAAAAAAUGUUCUGGGCAGAAACGUCACCGAUACCAUAAAACCAUUGGUAUCGCCAUUAGUUUCACCUUUGGUUAGAGAAACACAUUCUACAAGUUAUCAACAGAAACCGCAAACCACAGAUGAAAGUGAAAAUUAUCCAAGAACGUGUACCACGCCGGAUGGUACUAAUGGAUACUGCGACGAUUUGAGCGACUGUCCUCAGUUACUUUUAAAUCUCAGCAAUUUGCGGCAGUCAUUGUGUUUUAAAAGUAUUUUCGUACCCGGAGUUUGUUGUCCCAGACCUGUAGGUCACGUGGUACCUGUCCCUAAGCCUAUAACGACGACGCCCCCUACUACUACCACAAUUAGCGCUGUUGCGAAAACCUCACCCACAAUUCCCGCGCCCAUAGUAUCGUCUACUGCGGCCCCAAUUUCUGCAUUCGUCGGAAGCAUUGUCGAUCCUGAAGAUUGCGGGCAGCCGGAGACAGCGAACUUCAGGGUUGUUGGUGGGGAAGAAUCCUUACCAGGGCGAUGGCCAUGGAUGGCUGCUAUAUUUUUGCAUGGUAAUCGUCGGACGGAAUUUUGGUGUGGAGGUGCACUUAUCACCGCUAAACAUGUGUUAACAGCAGCUCACUGUACCAAAGACUCCCAACAACGACCGUUUGCAGCUCGACAGUUUACAGUUAGGUUGGGCGAUAUUGAUCUGAAAAGAGAGGACGAACCCUCUGCUCCGGUUACGUACAAAGUUACCGAAGUUAGAGCUCACCAUAAGUUUAGUCGAGUAGGUUUCUACAACGAUAUUGCCAUUCUAGUGUUAGAUAGACUAGUUCGAAAGUCAAAAUACGUGAUUCCACUUUGUUUACCACCCCCCCAGUUGAGGAAUGAGAAAUUUGCAGGACAGCGUACAACUGUCGUCGGUUGGGGCACUACAUAUUAUGGAGGGAAAGAAAGUACAACUCAAAGACAAGCGGUUUUACCAAUUUGGAGAAAUGAAGACUGUGACGACGCCUAUUUCCAACCGAUAACUUCAAACUUUAUAUGCGCAGGUUAUUCUCAUGGAGGAACAGAUGCGUGUCAGGGAGACUCUGGCGGACCCUUAAUGAUUUAUUGGGACACUCGUUGGAUACAGGUGGGAGUAGUCUCUUUUGGCAACAAGUGUGGUGAACCGGGUUAUCCUGGUGUUUACACGAGAGUUACUGAGUACUUAAACUGGAUAAAAGAUCACACUAAGGACAGAUAGUUUAAGGAGAUAUAUUUCAUUUUUAUACUGUGAUGAAUAGCUUUACAAUAAGUCCGUAACGUAUGAUCCAACUAUUUACCAAAGGGUAUACACCCAUACUGUUCGUAUUUAAUAAUAUUUAUGUCCAAGUAAAUUAUUGCUAUCGAUAGUCGCGAUUAGAUGUACAUGAAAUAAAGUUUCUAUGAUCUUGCGUA